CCAGUGCUGAAGAGCCGAUCGAAUGAACAUGUCGUUCGAUCUCGUAUUCUGUCUGCUGUGUUGCAUUGUCGCGUGUAGCUAUGCUGCAAGCGAAGAGCCGCAGGUGCAAACCUCGUUGGGUCGCAUCAAAGGCUCAUUGAUGAGUACCCGGCUCAAUAAAACUAUCUACGCUUUCAGAGGCGUGAGGUAUGGCAAAUCACCCGAAGGGGAGAGGAGGUUUAAGCAAGCCGAACCCGUUGAUGCAUGGAGCGACAUCUUCGAUGCUACGAAAGAGGGACCAACUUGCCCGAGACCCGAAGAUCCCGAACUCAGUAGCGAGGAUUGCUUAAGACUCAACGUUUACACUACAAAACUACCCGAUGCUGCAAAUAAGGUGAGCCGUCCCGUCAUCGUAUUCUUCCAUCCAGGAGGCUUCUACGGUUUUUCAGCCCAGAGCUACGUUUUCGGACCGCAGUAUUACCUCGAUCACGACGUCGUGCUGGUCACCGUUAACUACAGACUCGCAACUUUAGGUUUCAUCGCUACCGGCGAUGCCCGAGCUCCGGGAAACCUCGGUUUCAAGGACCAAGUGGUGGCCCUCCGCUGGAUUCAAAAGAACAUCGCCUCGUUCGGCGGUGAUCCUAACUCAGUCACCAUCACCGGCUGCAGCGCCGGCUCCUGGAGCGUAAUCUUCCACUUGAUGUCGCCCAUGUCCAAGGGUCUGUUCCAUCGAGGUAUCGCCAUGAGCGGAUCUCCCACGACACCUGAUCUUCUGCCUACUCAUCAGACACAUCUGGUCAUCAAGCAAGCCGGUUUUGUGGGCUGUCCUACGAAUAGCCUCGACGCUGCUUUCGAGUGCUUGAAGAAGGUGCCGUUCAAGCAGCUCAGCGAAUCCUUGCCCAAAUUUUUGGAAUGGUAUUAUGACCCAGUGCUGAUUUGGUCACCCGUUGUGGAGCCUGAUAUACCAGGAGUGGAAAGAUUCCUCACAGCCCAGCCAGUUGAUCUCUUACAAUCCAAAGAUUUCCAACAUGUUCCUCUCAUAACUGGCAUCACCAAAGAGGAGUUCGCUUCGUGGCCUAUGGUCGCCCUUCAGCAAGCCCGUAACGGGCACAAUUCCAUAUACCAAAACAUAACGAAAAACUGGGAGUUCGCCGCACCAAUAAGCUUCCAAUACGAGCGCAACACUGAUCGCUCCAAGCACAUCAGUCGCGAGAUCAAAAAGUUCUACUUUAACGACGAGCCGAUUUCGGCGAAGAACGGCGAGAACCUCGGACUGAUCUACGCGGACGCGCUCAUCGGUUUUCCCGCGCACCGCUUCGCCAACCUGAUUUCCGUGAACUCACGUGCGCCUGUCUACCACUACCAGUUCACAUAUCAAGGACGGUUCAGCUUCGCCGUCUGGCCAGACACCCAGAAGCCUUACGGAGUCGUUCAUCAGGAUGAUCUGCAGUACCUGUUCUACAUGUCUUUUGGCUUUCCUUUUUUCAACGCUACUGAUCCGGAGACUGUCAUGGUGGAGAAGUUGACAGCCAUGUGGGUGAACUUCGCCAAAACCGGUGAGCCCAUACCCAAGAACAACGAUCUGUUCAAAGGCGUGACUUGGUCCACCUUGGACUGGAGCAAGAGGAAUUAUUUGGAAAUUGGCGAAAGGCUGAAUAUGAAGAACAACAUGUACUCUGACAGAUACGCUCUGUGGGAAAGGCUGUUUCCCCUGGCGCCUGUUGCCAAGGCGUACCGGUAAAGAUUAAAUGUAUGUUUGUUGAUUCAACAUUUUCGAUAAAGACGACCGUAAAGAUCUAAAAAAAAA